AGGAGGACAGACAAGGAGUGUUCAGCAUGAUCAGAUUCACUGUUCACUUGUAAAACAUUUAUCACACACACACACACACACACACACACACACACACACACACACACACACACACACACACACACCCCAUCAGCUCUCAUUCACACACACACACUCCGUCCCCGUCGGUCGCUGUCUCUUUGGUCUCUCGGUUCGAGCUGAAGAUGAACGCUGCUCUGAUUCACGAUCGGCUCCACAUUAAAACUUUCUGGGAGAAAAGAAUUGACAACGACAGCCGCCAUGCAGAGAGCGAAGAGGAGAGACGGAGCAGGAGCGCCCUCACCAGACUGAGGGAGGAGUGGCUCGUCCGGCUGGAGAACCGAAACAAACACCUGAAGAACCUGAACGACACCUUCAUGAGGAGAACCAAGACAGAAACCCACGCCUGACAUGUAGAACACACACACACACACACACACACACACACACACACACACACACACACACACCCUGAAUAAAGUCUUGCGGUGUUCAAACUGCGGUGCCACUCUGAGUCUGUCCAGUCUUGUCGCAGAGCGCCGUCCGUCUCAGGCGUCGCGGUGAAGACACCCUGAUGGACGCCGUCCCCACACCAAACCAGGACAGCGUUUGUGGACACAGAAACAGAUUUAUUGAGAGACGCUGACUCGGAGGCUCUCUGUGUUUGCUAUUCAUCGCGUCUAAAAUCAACUCUGAUCAUAAAGACGGAUAUAAGGACAACAGCAACAUUAACAGCAGUGACAACAGAUGUCAAUAAAAAAACAUGAUGGUCAUCAUCAUAUGAUACUAACAUCAAUAAUACAAUAUAAUACCUAAAACCACUCUCUCAACAAAAACCUGCAGCAGCCUGAACAGCUUCCUGUUUCGUCC